GUUAUGUAUAUCAUCAGUAUAUAAACACAUCUUUGUCAAGGAGAACCAAAAAAAAAAACAUUCAUGACAAUGAAUAAAGCUAACUUCAUCGUCCAUUUCUUCGUAUUGUUCUUGUUUGGAUCAAGAUUUUCAAGAGUAGCUAUCGCUGGAGACCAAAAUGCCUUAGCCGCAUCAUUUGUCUUUGGUGAUUCGCUAGUGGAUGCGGGAAAUAACAAUUACUUACAAACGUUGUCUAGAGCCAAUAGUCCUCCUAAUGGCAUCGAUUUCAAACCAUCCCGUGGAAGUCCAACCGGCCGGUUUACCAAUGGUCGUACCAUAGCUGACAUCGUUGGAGAAAAGUUGGGACAACCAAACUAUGCGGCUCCAUAUUUAGCACCAAAUGCAAAAGGUGAAGAAUUAUUAAAUGGUGUGAAUUAUGCAUCUGGUGGUGGUGGAAUUCUCAAUGCUACUGGAAGUGUAUUUGUGAAUCGGUUAGGAAUGGAUAUACAAGUCGACUACUUUAGCAUUACAAGAAAGCAAUUUAACCAGCUUUUGGGUGAAGAUAAAGCUAGAGACUACAUCAGAAAGAGAUCCAUAUUCUCCAUAGUCAUUGGCUCGAACGAUUUUCUCAACAACUAUCUAGUCCCUUUUGUUGCAGCUCAAGCAAGAUUAACACAAACCCCUGAAACUUUUGUUGAGGACAUGAUAAACCAUCUUCGUGACCAACUCAAGAGAUUAUAUGCAUUGGACGCUCGUAAAUUUGUGGUGGGGAAUGUGGCUCCCAUCGGGUGUAUACCGUACCAGAAAUCGAUCAAUCAACUGCAAGAUAAACAGUGCGUGGAUUUAGCAAACAAACUUGCUCUUCAGUACAAUGCUCGUCUCAAAGAUCUCUUGUUGGUGGAGUUGAAAGAUAGUCUUAAAGAGGCACAUUUCGUGUAUGCAAACGUCUAUGAUCUAGUCAUGGACCUCAUAGUCAACUACAAAGACUACGGGUUUAGGACGGCGAGUGAGGCGUGCUGUGGGACAGGGACGGGAGGGAGACUGGCGGGGAUAUUGCCAUGUGGACCAACGUCGAGCCUUUGUACGGACCGGUCAAAGCAUGUGUUCUGGGACCCUUACCAUCCUAGCGAAGCUGCUAAUCUCCUCAUUGCGGACAAAUUACUCUACGGCGACUCCAAAUUCGUUACUCCUUUUAAUCUCCUCCACCUUCGUGACCUUUGAGCAUCUCUUUUGUUUUUUUUAAAAAAAAUUUAUGUAGAAAAAUUGUAAUUUCUGUUUUGAGAUUGUGAGAUUCUUUCUAUGUUUUUGUUGUUAGUUCUAUAUGGUUAUAUUACAGUUAAAAAGAUAUAUUUGUUCAUGUUUUGCUGAUUUUUAAAUUUCUUAAUAAGAUAUUGUAGAUUUGGAGUUUAUUCAUGUGGUUUACAAAUUUAUUACUACUUGCAUGGAA